UUGAUAUUUAAAGUCGAAGUUGAACCAAGGAAAAGAAUCGAGCCCCACUUUUCUAAAUAAAAAUAUUGGGUAGGUCGUCUGGUAAAUUUUUAAUAUAUGGAUAUGAAAUGUGGAAGUAGUUUAUCGUUCGUUUAACAACUGGAAAAAAUGAGUAUUUUAUCAUCGCGAUCGUUUCUUAAUAAUGCGAAAAAUAAAUAUAUACAGAAAAUAUAAAUAUGUUGUAACGAUAAAGAUAUAUUGACUCGCAAAAUGGCAAAUCAUGGCAAAGUCAAUAGAACGAAAUGUUCACCUACAAUAGAUAGCUAAUCGAAAUCACUUGUAAACUACAGGAAUAUCAAACUGUACAAAGCGUCGUAAAACUUUGAUUGUAGCAUAAUCGGAGCUUGCAUAUAUGAGAAAUAAACUUAAUUAUAAUUAAGCUUAACACGUGUAGCAAACUUAUUCUUUGUUUUUUAAUGAUAAAAUAAUAAAGACAGUUUUUUAAUGAUGAAAAAAUCGAUUUACCCUGAUAUGAAUAAGAUUAUGCCAGAUACUUCCUAGUCGUCUUUGAUAGGAUCCUUUAAGGAAGCUCUUUAAUGACAUACUUUGUCUAACAACCGUAACUUUGACCGUGCUUCUCAUAGUGGGUUCGUAACCUGACUGAUGUCACUUUCACCGACAAAAACCGAUGAAUAAUAGAAUUCGAAUUGCUCAAUGACGAGCAUUUAUCUCAAUGUUAAUGUAAAACGUUCGUCAAAGUUAUAUUUAUAGCGAAUAUAAUAACAAUUUGUUUAGCCUAAUGUUAGUGUGUACUGUUUGUUUUAUGCUUGUAUACAAGCGUGGGUCACAAGUUACAUCCUACAACAUUCGUGCCGGAAAUGCAGCUAAAUUAAGGAUGGGGGAGGAGAUUUUUUUUUAGUUUUUGACCUGUCUGAGUUACGAUCCUUUUUGUGAUCUUCCCGAUUGCCACAUGCGAGUUUUCGUCGAACUCUUCGAAAGCCGUAUUAAGACUGGCGACAAUUCGACUAUAGAUUAAGGGUAACCAAAUAAGUUAAGUCGUGCGUACGAUGCCCUCAGCUCCAAUACAUUGGACAGUCUUCGCUCAUGCUCUGAAAACGAGCCAUCGGCAUCCGCUAUGACAAACUCAAUGUACAAGGCCUAUUCACUCGAAUCUGUGCUACAAAAUCUUCCACCCACGUUUAGCAUUGAGUGUGCAGCUACCUACAGAGAUACACUUUUGCUUGGCACAAAGCAGGGUUACCUCACGACGUUUCGGGUGACCAAGGCACAUCCACCGAACUCGGAAAGCCCGCUCGACGUCAGGCUUCACAAAACCUUUAAAAGCUUCUCAAAAAAACCUAUAAACGAGCUGGUUGUAGUUGAAGAUCACGAUCUUCUGAUCAGCCUAUCGGAUCAGACUGUUAACGUGCAUAGAAUUUCCGAGACAUUCCCACUUCUACGGCAGUUCAAAGGGGUUACCACGUUCGCUUGCGGCACGCAACGGGUCAAGCGCCACAAUGAUGGAAGCGACAACGUCAGUCCAAGCGACAGAAAUUACACAGUGGUGCGAUUGUGUAUCGCACAGCGUCGGAGGAUCCAGUACUUCUAUUGGAAACAUAACGAUAGCGCGUUUAUAGAGCAUCCCUAUGAACACACACUGCCUGACGUUCCUCGUAUAAUGGUUUGGUCAAGCAAGGAGCAUCUUAUCGUUGGCUUCAAGACCUCCUAUGUCCUACUCAAGGCGAACAAAACGGGCGACCUUCGGGAGCUACGCACUAUCAGUCGUCAACCAGAACCACUCAUUACACGGUUGCAGGACGACAGCUAUGCAGUGCUUAGCGAAAAAAACGUCCACCUCGUAAAUAUGAAUGGUGAUCGAAUUCAGAUAGAACCGAUCAUCAUGAGCGAAUUGCCUGUCUCACUAGCUUACGACUAUCCCUACCUAAUGGGUCUUUCGCCAGCUGGAGUCGAGGUGCAUACAAUAAACCCAACCCUAACAAUUCAGACAAUUCAGAUAACGCAAACACCAAAGCCAUUAGGGCUUAUCGUGUGGAAAAGUGGGAUGGUAUUCGUCAUCUCUACGAAUAAUGUCUGGUGCCUUGUCCGAGCUUCGGUAGGCGACCAGUUGUCCGCGUGUAAAGACCAGAAACAAUUCCAUCUGGCUCUCAUGUUGGCAAAGCUGUUAGAUGCAUCGGAUGCAGAUAAAGCGCGUUGUAAAUAUCACCUUGAGAAUUUGCUUGCCUUCGACUUUUUCGCCAAAGGACAAUAUCAGAAAGCGUUUAAGCUGUUUGAAGAGAUUCGUACUGAUCCUGUCCAUGUUAUCGGGUUAGUUCCAUCGCUACUCAAAGAGCAGUACCGAAAAAUGCUUCAAUACCCAGCUUCGGUUCCGAAGCUCGAUGAGUCUCAGCUGACAACCGCUAUGACGGAGCUGAUUGUGUACCUCAGUUCUGCCCGAAGAUUUAUAAAGAGUCAGGAAUGCGAUAAUGUCCAAGUCGGGGGUAUCCUCGAGGGAAUCAAUGCUGUCCGUCCGAAAAAGCUACUCCUACAAAUCAUCGACACGACGAUGCUUCACCUCUACAUCAAUGUGAAUCCAAACCUUGUAGCAGCUCUGCUAAGCUUUAAAGAUAAUCAUUGCCAUCUUGAGGAGUCAGAGGCACUGCUAAAGGAGCACCAAAAAAUUGUUGAGCGUAUAAUCCUUUACGAACAGAAAGGUGCCCAUCACAAAGCGCUUCAACUGCUAUCCGAACAGGCGCUUAUUCCGAGCUCACCGCUUCACGGUCAUGAGCAUACGAUUGCCUAUCUUCAGCGAUUGUCGGGUGACCACUUCGACCUCAUACUUGAAUACGCAAAAUGGGUUAUUGAUGCAUUUCCCGAUGACGGACUGAAAAUCUUUACUGAGGGUACUUGCGGCCGUGAACUUUUACCAAGAGAAAGGGUGCUUCAGUUCUUGGAGAAGGAGUCACCUACGCUGAUUGUACGUUAUCUUGAGCAUCUCAUUCUUCACUGGCAUGAUGAUAACGUCCGAUUUCACAAUUUGCUAAUCCACAAGUAUCGUGAACAGAUCAUCCGUAUAACUAACAGCGAACUCAACGACCCUUCAGUGACAUCUAUACGUGAAAAACUUGUAGACUUUUUGCGGACAUCGAAUCGCUACACACCGUCGAUAUUUCCUCAGUGGUUUCUCAACGACAAGCUAUACCUUGAAUGUGCCAUUGUUAUGGGUAAACUUGGUCGACAUCAAGAUGCAUUGACAAUUUACAUUCACGUUCUCCGGGAUUUAAAACGUGCCGAAGACUAUUGCGUCGAGCAGUACUUAGGAAAGAAGGCCUGCGACAGGAACGUUUUUAUCAUACUUUUGACACUGUACAUUACUCCGGCAAAAAUUUGCCUUAAGGCACUGGAUAUUAGUGCUCCUGCGGCAGAGUCCGAUCCUCCCGACAUUAUGGAAAUUCUUAAUCUGCUCGAUCGCCAUGUGGACAAAUUGGAUCCGUUGCGGGCUAUCGAAAUGCUUCCACCAGAAGUGCCGUUACAAAAACUGGAGGAAUUCAUUACAAAAUUACUGAAAGAGCAAUCUAUACAAUUAUCUAAGUUGCGUGUCCUUAAUGCUCUUCUUCUUAGUGACAACGUUAAGGCGAAGUUGCUAAAAUUUAACCUAGUGAAAUUCUGCGUAACUAUUGACGAUUCGAAAUUAUGCGAUAUCUGCCAGCGGCGAAUCAACCGUUCUGUAUUCGUGCACACCGAGAAAGGACAAAUUGUUCAUUAUGCGUGCCAUAACAAAACAUUAUCAGGCAGCGAAAGUGUUGAUAACUAGAAUAGAAUCGACCUUUUUACGGA